AUGGCUGGGAUCAAGUGUGUCGUGUUUCUGUUGGUCCUGACUUUUCAGUGGACUUUUAUAAGAGGAGAUACUGAGGUGUCCUGCAUUUUCAUGGAGAGAUGCUUGUUGCCAUGCAGCUAUGAUGGCACUGCUGUAGUCAUCCACUGGCAUCAGGUAUCAGCAGGAGACCUUAAUGUCCACUCAUUCUACAAUAACCAAGACCAGCUCAAACUCCAGAGUGAGCGCUUCAGAGGCAGGACGUCACUGUUCAACGACCAGAUCUCCGCAGGAAACGCCUCACUGCAGCUGACAAAGGUGGAGGUUCGAGACGAAGGCAAAUACAAGUGCUACACCAGCACUGACGGAGAAAGUCAGAAAUCAUUCAUUAACCUUAAGAUACGUGCUCCUGUCCGCAAAGUCAACAUUCAGCAGGUAGGAAACAUCAUCACCUGCAGCUCAGAGGGGAUCUACCCUGAGCCUGAACUCGCCUGGUCCACCAGCUCUUCAUCCAACAGUACUUCUAACACCACCACCACAGUCCGGCAGACUGAACGGCUUCUUUACAACAUCAGCAGUUCUUUGAUUGUUUCAGACAGUGGGACCGAUCAAGACUACAGCUGCACCAUCAGCACUCACAGAAACAGAAAGAGAGCAACUUUAUUUAAACCAGCUUCUGUUUGGUCAAACACUGAAACAACAAUCCUCUGCCCUCCCUCUGACACUCCCUUCUCAUACCUCAUUUGGAGAUUCAACCACAGUCGGUCCAUUGUGACCAGGAGUGGGGCUGACAUCUCCUACACAGUCUAUGCAGGGUGGGAGCAGCACGUGAAGCAUGUCUCAGAGUCGGGCAGCCUCACAUUACAGGACCUUACUGCAGAUCAUGAGGGGAUAUACACCUGUGAACUCAGUGAUGCUGAGGAGACGAAAGUGUCUGAGAAUGAAAUAAGGAUGAUGCCGACAGACGGAGAAACAAAGAAGAAUGAUGGGACUCAGAAGUCAACCCAUCUAGGAGCCAUCGCUGCAGCGAGUCUUUGCUUUACAGCAUUAUUAUGCCUGAUACUGUACAGCUACUGUAGAAGUACAAAAAAACGGUAA